CCUCGCUCGCCGCCUGGCUUAGAACGGAAUCGAAUGAAGCGCCUGUUCAAUCUGCGCGUGCGCAGUACUCUGCCUGGCCCCGGAACUGGGAAGCCGGACGGUUUCCCGGCAGGCCCCGCGGGGCGGGGUGUUCUGGUGUUGCCGGAAGUGCGGGUCGGAGCCGCCCACGGUUCGGUCUGUGUGAUGCUGGUGGCCCUGGCCGGCUUCCGUCGGCGCGGCGGCUGGGGGCAGGGUCCCGUCAGUGCCUGCGUGCGGAGCUGGAGCGGGGCCAUGCCACGGAGGGGAAAAGAAAAGUGUAAAGACCCAGUAAAACCUUCUGUUCCGUCAGGUCCAGUUGUAACUGACAAAAGUGGUUCCGUCACUAUUGCUAUUCGUGCCAAACCUGGAUCCAAACAAAAUGCUAUAACAGAUGUGACAUCCGAGGCAGUAGGUGUAGCUAUUGCUGCACCUCCAUCAGAAGGGGAGGCAAAUGCAGAGCUGUGUCGUUACCUUUCUAAGGUUCUAGAAGUGAAGAAGAGCGAAGUUGUUUUAGAUAAGGGUGGUAAAUCUCGUGAAAAAGUGGUGAAGAUUUUGGUGUCGAUGACUCCAGAUGAGGUUUUAGAGAAACUGAAAAAAGAAGCUACCAGUUGAGACCAAACAAAAGCAGGAAAUGGAACAAUGUGUCUUGAAAAUCUUUCAUUGGAUGUAAAGAGGAGGAGGGACAUUCGUCAAUGAGAGCACACAAAUGCGGACUGUGGGUCACUUACAAGAAACAAAGAUUCUUUUGUGUAAAUGUGUAGAUAAAUUUAAGUACAUUGUAAAUUACAAAUCUCUUCCCUAUUCUUCCAUACUUUAAACGUUUCGUUUAAAUAAUCCCACAGAACUAAGGCCCAAGCUAGAAGUGGAAGCAGGAUUUAUCGCUGGAUAGGAAAGCUAAAAACCCUGAAUCUACAUCAUGAAUUCAGCAUGACAGGGCUCCUUUUCUAUAGUUAUCUUCAAAAUAGUCUCCUAAGCGUAAACCCAGUCCUGAUGAGUACUUGGGCAAUGUUUUUGAAUGCAGGCAUAAUUAUUUUUGGUUCACAAAGUAAAAGGCUUGGAGUGACAGGCUUCUGAUAAAGCACUGGAACAAUGUCAAGAGAAAUAUGAUGCAGAAGGAAAAAUCAAUUUAGAAGUGAGAGCCUAAAAGAGCAAUCAGUGUAAUAUAUAGUGGCAUGCGCAGGGUCCAAUUCUACUCUUGUCUACACCACUGUAAAUCCAGAGUAAUGCCAGUGGCUUUUGAAGCCAGUGGCAUUGCCCUGGAUUUACAUAGGAGCAGAACUUUUCCCUUAAGCAGUCAAAAGAAUUGAGUCUGCAAUAUGAGAAAUUGAUACAGUACUUAAGCAGCAAGUACACAAAAGCUUGCUUUGAUUCACUAGGAAGCCUAUAAUCAGAGUUGCUUAAUAAAGGUAGAGUUUCUUAUAGAGUGGUCAAAAGUAUCUUCACCUUACAUGCCAAAUGUAGCAAUUUGUUUUGUUUAAUAAAAACACAGCACUAAGUUUCAUCCACAGUUCUUGUAUUUUCAAUGAGAACGGAUUAUUUCUAGCUGUGACUUGACUAGUAAAACAAAAUUAAUUUGUUUUUAGACAGUCUUAGCAGCAAUUUUGUUUGUUCUUAGUGACAUUCUGUUGAUCUAAAUAAAUGAGUUGUGGUCAAGAAUCAGUUUCCAGCCCAUAGAAAAGUGAGCAAAAUGAAGUAAUACAUGGAGUGGUGUUAAAAAGAGUGCAAAGAUUGUACAUGAGAGGAAAUGGGAGAAGUAGAUGUAUUUGUCUUAAUCGCUCUUGACAAAGUACUGGAAUGCACACUUGUGUUCCCCACUAAUAUAUGUGAUGUCACUAUAUUCGGCUGUUUCAGCUAUCCUCUUAGGUUGCAGCUGUUAUGGGUUAGAUUGUGUUACUUUCUACGUUGUUUCUAUCCAACAGCUGUAAUGUGUAAAUGUGAUUUUAUAAUUUUAAUGCCUAAAAGUCAAUAAACAGGUCUAAAACCCCA